AUGUUGUACAAAAGUAUUCUAUAUUUUGUUCAAAAAGGUGCAAUAUCUCGCCGUAAGUAUGAAAAGUACAAUAAUUAUAUUACUGAAAAAUAAAAUAUAUUACGCUUACAUUUCAUAUUUUAUGUGUAAUAAAUAAUAUGUAGAACUUCAUCAUAUGCCAAAGGCACCGUUACCUGGAGAACCUGCAAAACCAUAUACACUUACUGAAAUACCUGGACCAAGGUCAGAAGCUCUUCUCAAUGAAUUUUCUAAAAUUCAGCAAGUAGACAUUCAAUAUUUUGGAGAUUACCAAAGAUCUAUUGGAAAUUACUUGGCAGAUAUUGAUGGAAAUGUUUUCUUAGAUAUGUUUAUGCAAGUGUCCACACUUACUCUUGGAUAUAAUCAUAGAUCAAUUCUUGGUGCAUUAUCUUGUGGAGGAAAUCAAGUAGCUCCAAAAGGAUUACCAUGUGUUUUUACAACCAUGUGUGCUGCUUGUUCAACCGAGCAUGCUAUACAAAUGGCAUUCAUAAAAUAUGCGGAAAGACGUCGACGUGGCAAAGAUUUUACAGAUGAAGAAAAAAAAAGUGCACCUUUUAAUAAACCACCUGGCUGUCCCGAAUUGUCUAUCCUUUCCUUUGAAGGUGGAUUUCAUGGUAGAACGUUUGGUGCAUUGGCACUAUCACAUUAUAGAUAUAUAACGAAAGUUGAUAUACCUUCUCUUCCAUGGCCAAUUGCACCUUAUCCACAUUAUUUAUAUCCAUUGGAUCAAUAUGAAAAAGAAAAUAAACAGGAAGAUGUUCGGUGCUUGGAACAAGUAGAGGAGUUAAUAGAACAAUAUGAAAAGACAGUGCCAAUUGCUGGUAUCAUAAUCGAAGCAAUACAAUGUGAAGGAGGAGAUAGACAUGCUUCUCCAGAUUUCUUUAUACAGUUACAAGAGAUUUGUAAAAAAAAAUCUAUUCCUUUAAUACUGGAUGAAAUACAAACAGGUGGUGGUGCAACUGGAAGAAUAUGGGCACAUGAAUAUUUUGAAUUAAAUAUUCCUCCUGAUAUUGUUACCUUUAGUUACAAAAUGCAAACUAGUGGAUUUUAUCAUUCCCCUGAAUAUAUGCCUAAACAAUCAUGUAGAGUUUUUAAUGUAUGGAUGGGGGAUCCAGUUCAAAUUUUAAUGUUAGACGCAGUAUUACAAACCAUUGAAGCAGAAGAUUUAUUAACUCAUGUAUGUUAUGUCGGCAAUUAUUUGCUUUGUCAAUUGAACACGUUACAACAUGAAUUUUCGGAUAUUAUAAGUUCCGUACGAGGCAGAGGUUUUAUUAUUGCGUUUGACACACCAAGCAAAGACAUGAGAAAUAAAUUAAUGUAUCUCUUACGUACUAAAGGUGUACAAGUGAGUGGCAAUGGAACAAAAACAAUUCGACUAAGACCAUGUCUGAUAUUCGGAGAAUAUCAUGCUGAUAUCUUUUUAGAAAUUCUUCGUGAUUGUUUGCAAGAACUUGCAGAGAGCUAA